AAAAAAACACUCAAGCCGCUACGCAAACGCGAAAACGCCCCCGCCCAACGCAAAAUGAUCCUCACAACAUGCGCCGCCUGCGCCGCCCCACUGGCCCACAACGCGCCGCGAUGCGUUAGAUGCCACACGAGAUACUGCAAUCAAACUUGCCAGCAUGACCACUGGCGCCGCGGCCACAAGCAGAUGUGUAAGAAAAUACACCGCGGCGGCAACGCAGAACAAUAUCACGCCGACAAAAAAUACAAGGAGGCCGUCGCGGAGGCGGUCGAGAAAUGCGCGGACGACACGAAGGGCCAGACGUGCUUCAUCUGCACGCAGGCCCUCCACUGGAAAACGAAGGAGGGCCUCGUGCGCGGGUGCUCGUGCCGCGGGACGGCGGGCUUCGCGCACGUGUCGUGCUUGGCGGAGCAGGCGAAGAUUUUGGUCGCGGAGGCCGAGGAGAACAAUUGGGACAACGAUAGGUUUAUGCCGAGGUGGAAUCGGUGGCACACCUGCAGUCUUUGCAAGCAACAAUACCACGGCGUCGUGCGGCGCGCGCUCGGGUGGGCAAGCUGGAAGACGUACCUGGGGCGACCGGAGACGAGCUGGCCUCGAAUGUGUUCGUUGUCACUGCUUGGGAACGGUUUGGCCGGAGCAGACCUCUACGAGGAAGCGUUGUCCGUGCAAGAGGCCGAGUUGUCUGUGCUGCGGCGCCUUGGCGAAGCAGAAUACAACAUUCUUGUCGCGCAGGGCAAUCUUGCGAACACGUAUCAAGAGCUCGGACGGCUUGAAGAGGCCCUACCCCUACGGCGAGACGUAUACUCUGGAUGGGUGAAGAUCGAAGGCGAAGAACAUAGAGAGACUCUCCGAGAAGCCAACAACUACGCGUCUUUGCUAAAACGACUGAAGCACUUUGGAGAGGCCAAAUCAUUGCUGCGCAAAACGACGCGCGUGGCGCUACGAUCCCUCGGCGAGGACCAUGACACCACGUUCAAGUCGAGGUGGAUUUACGCGCGGGUGCUCUGCGAGGACCCCGCCGCCACGCUCGACGAUCUCCGCGAGUCCGUGACGACGCUCGAGGAGAUAGAACCGAUCGCGCGGCGUGUGCUCGGUGGCGCGCACCCGACCGCAUUGUCGAUUGAGGCGACUUUGCGAAUUGUGCGAGGAAUGCUCCAAUGCCUGCGAGACGCUGUCGAGCGCUCAGGAUAA